AUGGAGGAUUUUAUGAAACAUAAAAUGGAAGAAGUUAGUUUAGCUCUGUAGUCUCAGCUACAAAAAUAAAAUUUCAGCUUUCUCUAGAUGACAUCGAAAAAUUAUCGAGCGAUUAUUAUAAUCAAAUGCCUCCAACAAGAAAAUUGAGCCCAUUAGAGGUUUUGUCACCAGCAGAAAACUGUUGUCCAAGUCGGUGUACAUUAUUUUUUUCUCAGUGAGUUGAAGUGCAUUCAAAUCAACACUACAAUACUUAUCACAGAGUAAAUAUAAUGUAUUGUCGUGCAGCAUUGAUGUUAUGUCAACGUGUUACAGAAGGAUCAGUUCCAAUGUCUUCGGUAAUUUGAAUCAUGAGCUUCUCGAAAAUCUCACUCAAUUUUUCAGGUUGUUUCUGUAUUUCUGUCAAAAAUUGCAAUUCAAGAUGACGAUGGCAUUUUAUUGAACCUACAACUGGCUGGAAAAAUAUUUUGUAUUCAGCUAUUGGGAGACAUUCUGGGAAUUGGACCAAAAAAGUUAGUUCAUUAAUUUUAAUGUUAUGAAUUAGACUUAUGCAUUGUUGCGUUUCCAUUUCAAUAUUUUCAUGCAUUAUAGUUAAUUAUAUUCAGACGUUUCCAAAUAAGCAUAGAAUUUGAAAAAAAAACACCAAAUGAGAAAUUGUUUUAUCAGUCGGAAAAAAAAAGUUUGGAAUUAUCAUUCCAUUCGAAAAAAUGUAUUACUUUGAGAAUCGUGUAGGGAGAUUUAUUUUCAGGCUAAUACUAAUGAUCAAUCGUCCAGUUGAAGAUCCUUUACCUUCGAAAAAGCCUCGCUUGAGCUUACCCACUCAAAAAGGAUAUGAAAAUAUCGCGAAAAUCAUCGAAAAAGUAUUGAUCAAUUCUCAGCUGAAUCCCACGGGGGGUCGGUUUAUGAACCGCGGUGUUCUCAAAAAGUAAUUUGAAAUGAUAUAAUAAUUAUCUGGUUCACCAGAUCAUUUUCCAGAGAUGUUUAUGGUGGAAAUGGAACACGAUUAGGAAUGAAGAUCAUAGGUAAAGUAAUGGAUGAAUCAAUUCACCAAACAAAGGUAUUUUCUUAAAAAUCCAACUUUUCUAACAAAAAUUGUUUUUUUCCCAGAUUCUGUCCAUGAACAAGUGUCAAACUUGUAGUGACUUGGAAAAUGACCGGAUGACCGCUAAUGAAGAAGAAUUGAAGGAAAUCGAAUUGAAAAAACAACAACAUUCUGAUGAGAUAAUGUGAGUCCAGUUUUUCUGAUGUUUUUUAUUUAUGGAAUUAUUUUAGGCAAACUCGAGAAGUUUUCCAAAUUUUGGAUGAUCGAUGCAGGUCGGGCCAAGAAAUUUUGGUUUUACGAGUGGACGCAGCGUCCAAUAAAACAACAAAGCUCCCGAUCAUUGCUUAUCGACCAAAACGGGUUACGGACACCGAUAGGGUACCGUAUACCCUCACAGGGGUGCAGUAUCCAACAAAUGGUAAAUGUGACUUAAUUUCGAUCUUCUACUAUGUUUCAUUGCAGGUGUAACACGUUUCAAGACAGAUUGUUUUAUGAAUUUAGCUGAUCGUUAUAAGAAAAAUUCUUCAUAUUAUUUUUCGGUUGUAUUGGAUUUUUUGCUAAGAGUAAGUUUUAUUCUAAAAAUAUUAAAACUUCGGAAUUAAAAUCUAUUUGAACAGAUCGAAAAAGUGCCAAAAAAGUUGUUCCUUGUAUGUGAUAACGCAAGUCCUAACAAAUCGGAUGAAAUUAUCGCUUGUUAUGGUUUUUUAUUGAUUCAUCUACCGGCUUUACAAUCCGUGAGUUCUAAAAUACUGAAUUUUUCUUUGAUUCUAAUGUCAAUGUAAUCUUAAAACAUUACUAAAUGGAUUACUGUAACUACACAAUUUUGUCUUGACAAUUUUACUUCAUUUCUUUUUGAAAUUUAUUUUUUUCAAGGUUACGCUGAUAAAUAAUGUUGUGGGUCACACCCACAACGAACUAGAUGGUUUCUUCGGAGUUUUGAACACAUAUUUGAGCACAAAAACAAUUUAUUCAACUGAAGGUAGAUUCCAAAUUCCUCAUUGUUAUUUUUUUCAAAUUCCAAAUUUAGAAUAUGAUAAUGCUCUGAAAACAUUGAAAUCAGCUGAAGGAGUUCGCAAUUUGUAUACUGUGUUUGAUUUUAGUGAACUUAAAAAAAAUAUAGUUCAUUUGACGAAUAGAACAACUCACCACCAACUUCAUCUGUAUAAAGGAAACGACAGUAAGUUGGAACUCCUGAUGAACUGAUUUUUUUUUUGAAUUUAAGAUGUGGUAAUGCAAUGUGUAGCCGAAUUUGCAACAACUGAAGCAUUUCAAAAAUUACAUAAAGAAGCUAUACAACUUCCGCUUUUUAAGGUUUGCAGAAUCGCUAACACUGCUCAUCUUACAAUCUAUUGAUUUCAGGACAAUACUAUUGCUGAAAAUUUUCGCCCAAAAAUCAUUUAUCCAGAACUGGUUAAUACACGAAAAUCGCUUAUGAGUUUAUUCAAAUGUGGCGCCGGCCAUUUCAAGAUGCACCAUCAACAAGCCACUCUGCAAUGUUUGGAAAAAUACUCCACUAAUGGUGAGUUCGAAAUAACAAAUUUUCGGAAAAUACCAAUUCUCACAUUUUCUCGCAUCAUGUUCGCUCCACGUCUAAAAUUUCGAAUUUAAAACGUGAAUUCUUUUUAGCAUUACCAAUUUUUUGAAGAAAAUACAAAUUUUUGCAUUUUCUCGCAUCAUGUUUGCUUCACGUAAAAAUGUUCACAAUAAAAAUGUGAAUUUUUUUUUCUAAAUAAAUAAAUGUUUUUGAGAAAGUUCUUCUUUACAUUUUGACAAAUUCUUGAAUAAUUUAGGGGUCAAUUCAAAGUUAUUUUGACAAGAGAUUCACUCUAUGAAUUUAAUUUUUCAGAUAUCAUGACUCUGAUCAAUAUUCUCAAAGCAAAACCAUCAUCCGUCAUCUCUAAUCGAUCGAAUCAAGCCGAAACUGUUAAUGCUUAUUUAACGAGAAAAGGAUAUAUUGGAACAAAUGCGCCAAAACCGCUUUCGCUCAAAUAA